GGGCAGAGUUACUAGAGAGCUCAAGACACAACACUGCAGAGUAACGCCUUGGAAUGUCCUCGCACUUUAUAAACAAUUGUACUGGGGAGAGAAUAUUUUUACAUGACAUUUGCACAGCUUGACAAAUAGCAAGCUGAGGCUAUGUGCUCCUCUGACGAACACUGAUUUUUCACAUAGAGAUACCCCACAAACUGACCAAAGAGAGAUAUCUGACUGCACUGGGAAAGUAGAAGUGGAACUUGGAGCCUUAAAAAAAUAACAAACAAAGAGCAGCAGUUAAGUGAAGAGAGCAAGAUUUUGAUGUUGGGCAGGAUGGCAUCUGCCCAGGACCUUUUAAUUCUGGCACUAUGUGGCUUGUUACUAGAGUUACCGGCUGGAUAUCACGCAACAGAUACGAGACAGCCAAGGUUACGUCUGUCACAUAAAGAGCUCUGGGAUUUAAACAGGACGUCAGUCUUUCAUAGCCCAUUUGGAUAUCUUGGUCUUCAUAUAAUGCUCCUGGAUGAAUAUCAAGAGCGACUGUUCGUGGGAGGAAGAGACCUCUUGUACUCCCUCAGUUUGGAUCGAAUCAGCAACAACUAUCGAGAGAUCCAUUGGCCUAGUACACCUCUUCAAGCAGAAGAAUGCAUAAUUAAAGGAAGAGAUGCUGAUGAAUGUGCUAAUUAUGUCCGUGUCCUUCACCGAUACAAUAGAACGCAUCUUCUGGCUUGUGGAACAGGAGCUUUUGAUCCAGUUUGUACGUUUAUAAGAGUUGGACAUCCAUCAGAGGAUCAUCUGUUUCAACUGGAAUCGCACAAAUUUGAGAGAGGACGAGGCAGGUGCCCUUUUGACCCUACUUCUUCCUUCACUUCCAUCUUAAUUGGUGGUGAACUUUUUACUGGUCUCUACAGUGACUACUGGGGAAGAGAUGCUGCUGUCUUUCGCACCAUGAAUCGUAUGGCACAUCUCCGAACUGAACCUGAUAGUGAGCGCCUGCUGAAAGAACCGAAGUUUGUUGGUUCAUACAUGAUUCCUGACAAUGAAGACCAUGACGAUAACAAAGUGUAUUUCUUCUUUACUGAAAAAGCAUUAGAGGCUGAGACAAGCACUCAUGCCAUUUACACCAGAGUGGGACGCGUGUGUGUGAAUGAUAUGGGAGGACAGCGGAUGCUUGUGAAUAAAUGGAGCACUUUCCUCAAAACCAGACUAGUUUGUUCUGUGCCUGGGAGAAAUGGAAUUGAUACGCAUUUUGAUGAAUUAGAGGAUGUGUUUUUGCUGCAAACUCGUGAUAACAAAAAUCCAGUGAUAUUUGGCCUCUUCAGCACUACAAGCAAUAUAUUUAGAGGAUAUGCUAUAUGUGUUUACCAUAUGGCAAGCGUCCGAGCAGCUUUCAAUGGACCAUAUGCUCAUAAAGAAGGACCAGAAUACCACUGGGCUCUGUACGAAGGGAAAGUACCUUAUCCUAGACCUGGUUCAUGUGCCAGCAAAGUGAAUGGCGGUCUGUACACUACCACCAAAGACUACCCUGAUGAAGCUGUCCAUUUUGCCAGGAGUCAUCCACUGAUGUAUCAGCCCAUCAAGCCUGUUCAUAAAAGACCAAUUCUAGUAAAAACAGAUGGGAAGUACAACCUUAAGCAAAUAGCUGUGGACAGAGUGGAAGCUGAAGACGGGCAAUAUGAUGUGUUGUUCAUUGGCACAGAUAAUGGAAUUGUGCUGAAAGUCAUUACAAUUUACAAUCAAGAGACAGAAUCAAUGGAAGAAGUGAUUCUUGAAGAGCUGCAAGUAUUCAAGGUGCCAAUUCCUAUUCUUUCCAUGGAAAUCUCUUCAAAAAGGCAACAGCUCUACAUUGGAACUGAGUCAGUCAUAGCACAAGUGAAGUUUCACCAGUGUGACAUGUAUGGCACAGCCUGUGCUGACUGCUGCCUGGCUCGAGAUCCCUACUGUGCUUGGGAUGGCAUCUCCUGCUCCCGGUACUACCCCACAGGAAUGCAGGCAAAGAGACGCUUCCGCAGACAAGAUGUACGACAUGGAAAUGCAGCUCAGCAGUGCUUUGGCCAGCAGUUCAUUGGAGAAGUCCUGGAGAAGACUGAGGAGCGAUUGGUUUAUGGAAUAGAGUACAAUAGCACCCUUCUGGAGUGCACCCCUCGGACCUUACAGGCAAAAGUAAUCUGGUUUGUCCAGCGAGCCCAUGAAACUAAGAAGGAAGAGGUGAAGACAGAUGAAAGAAUAAUCAAAAUGGACCUCGGCCUCUUAUUUCUGAAGCUGCAUCGGCUGGAUGCAGGGACUUAUUUUUGUCAGACAGUGGAACACAGCAUAGUUCACACUGUUAGAAAAAUCACCCUGGAAAUAGUUGAGGAAGAACGUGUAGAUGAAAUGUUCAGUAAAGACUAUGAGGAGGAGAUAUCUCACAAAAUGCCAUGCCCAAUGCAGAGCAACAUACCUCAGGUAUCAAAACCAUGGUACAAAGAAUUUCUUCAACUGAUAGGUUACAGCAACUUCCAGAGAGUGGAGGAGUACUGUGAAAAAGUCUGGUGUACAGAUAAGAAGAGAAAAAAGCUGAAAAUGUCUCCAUCCAAGUGGAAAUAUGCCAAUCCUCAGGAGAAGAAGGCAAGGAUCAGGCCAGAGCACUACCGGUUGCCGAGGAACAUAGCUGACUCUUGAUGGACAAAAUCCAUCUGCUGUUUCUGGGCAAAAUUUUACUUGGACUUCAGUAAGAGGGAAAAAUCAGAUUGGUUUUGGUAAAUGAAACAGGUUUAUAUGUAUAAAAUUUCAGGACUGAAAACAAAUACACUAUGGUAAGUUAUACUGUACACUCAUGACUGUUUAGAAGCAUUUUACACAAAAUCCUACCUGUUUCUAAGUAGGUCAAUACAAUCAGAGUUUUGCUUUAGGGAGGACAUGACAAUCUUCAGACUUUGAGUGCUUGAAUCAGUUUCCUGUGUGAACCAUACUUGUGCUGCAUAUUAUUGCAUAUGAUGGCAUAUUUAAGUAAAUUCAAAUAACCAUUCACGAGUGGGUGAAAUAUAGAACAUGUAUCUUUCCUUGUUUUCACAAGUUUCUCAUGGUUCUGAAAGCAGCAUGUCUUAAGAUCUUUUGUUUUGAUUGUGACCAGUUCAAAUUCAUCACUGAGAGCAUCUGUUAAUAUGGUGUCCUGCUAUUUCUAAAGAUAAUGAAGAGAAACCGUAUUUACUUCCCACCAUUAUUUGUCUCAUCGGUUAUUUAUGAAGCACAGGCUACUGUCACGGCUAAAUAAUAUUAACUUAAUAUAAGUCAAAUGCAUGCUGGGAACACAAACAGAAUGAAAUUCUUCAACGCAUCUAUGUGAACUGUUGGAAUUACGGUUUAGAUAGGAAACAAGCCUAUCUUGUCUCUAGUAAUGGACUUUGCGUUAUUAACGACACAAAUUAAGAAAGUGCCCUCUUGUGGCAAAACAAAGCAAAAUGAUGAUAUUUUCUCAAGUAACUUGUAGUUAAGAGGUAUUCCUAGAUCCACAGCUGGUUUGUUUUCAGCGUACACUUCUCAUCUCCACAUGCCAAAUCCACAGAUUUAGAAGGUAGUGUUGGAAGUCACUCAUCCUGAAAAGACAGCAUUUAAAAUAAUACUUUAUGUCGUUAAUGUACUUUUGGGAUAAAAUGCAGUGAUAUAAAGUUAGGAAGUAGACUGAAACAAGAACAGCAUUAUGGAGCUGAUUUUCUGUAGCCUCACUGUCUGAUCCAGGCAAACUAUGCUCGUCUCUGGUCAAAAGAGCUGCUUUUCUGCUCUUGUGCUUGAUACUAGGAGAGGAGAUCAAAGAAGUAAGUCACUUACAAUCUAGGACUUUCAAAACUUUUUCUAAAAAUGAAAAAAAAAAUACUUUUAUUUGAGCAGAAAAAAACACAGCUGCAUAAAACACAGAAAAUCUAUCAGUUCACUGCUUGGAAAAUCUAAUAUUACCAAAUGGGCUGCAUAUAUAGAAAUAAAUAAAUAAAUAAGUGGAAAAAAUAGGGAAGUAAUAAAAAGAAAAUACACAAAGGAUUCACCAGCUGUAAUGAGGUUCAUGUACAGCUUCAACUUCUAGUCAGAAAGCAGAAUUUUGAAUUAAUGAGAACUAACAUCCUGGAGAACAGAGUUCUAGCUUUGCUAUGCUGACAAACCCCACCAUGGAUGCUGAUGCAGUACCCUCCAAGCACUGUGUGAGAGGGUGUCAGAGCAGGAGUAGGGAGCAUUGCUGUGCCUCUCUGGAAACUGACUGUCCCAGGGUUUGGAAAGAGCCUGUGUGCAGGCUGCCAGCAAAUGCUCAUAAAAUAGCAGAUAAGCCUUUCCAUCAGCCAGUUAUCUUAAGGAAAACAAUUUAUCUAGAAGUUUGCACUUUGUUUAGCUAGAUUGCCUGUCUGAGAGAUGGGAAUGGACACUGUGCACUUCCUUGCAUGAAUGUGCAAGGUUGCCAACUUUGAUCUGAUACAGUAGACUGGCUAAAUUCACAUUAAGUGACAGUUUAAUGGAACUUAGCAGCAGUUAGGAUCUCUGUUUAUUUACAACUACAUGAAAAAUGCUAGCACUAAAGACUAUGGCAGAGAGAACAGAGAAUCUCUAAUUUAUAUUUAAUCCACGGUAAAAUUUACUCUGUUAUCCCUGACUGGAAAACUGCUGGAAAACUGCUGAUAUCUUGUGAUAAAUUAUGGAGCCCACUUCUUUUCGAUAGUAAUGGGAGCUGUAUUUUACCUUUUUUUCUGAUUAAUUCAUUAGUAUCUGGUGCCAAAUGUACCUUUAAUGGACUAUAAGAAAAGAGCAACAGCAUCUCAGCCUCAUGGAACAAAUAUGACUUUAUGUACCAUUCUGAGAUUUCAGGUAGAAAUCAUGUUAUAUGCAAAUCAGGAUUCCUGCUUUAAUAUGAGUGUGUAAUUUAGCUCCCCAUCCCUUUAGUGGUUACAUAUGGAGAAUUCUAUUAAAUUUUUAGUAAAAGUUUAAAUUUCUAGCUUGCACUUUGCGACUUCCCUGGUUGACUGAGUAUUCAUAACUAAAUGAAUAAGAUCUUGUUCAGAGUGCUACAGAAUCUAUGGAAGAAGAGAAUGUCUGACAGUAAUGUAUUUUGGAAGGAUAUGCACAAAUGUGCUCAUACACAAUGUUAUUUAAAAUGCUUCUGUGUAUAUAUGGGGGGCAUUGUCUGCUUCUUUUCAUUAUGAGUUUGAUGUAUUUUGUAUGUGCAUGAAAUGGUCAAAUUACAAAUAUAAUUAAGAAUCAUA